AUGGAUCCAGACUGGCUGCGCUCUCGCGUGCGCGUUCUCCGACGGAAAGCUGAACGGACGGAGCCACAUCGCCUCGAACUGGUCUUUGGAGGUUUCCGCUUGGAGGAGAAGUCCCUGGAUCUUCUGCUGCAAUGGUUAUUGAUGCCCGACUCCUUAGUCCAGCAAGCGCUGUCCGUCAGAGCCCCACUGUGCUGCUGGGCCGACUUUCGUGGCACGGGGCUGGGUGACGAGGAGCUGGAGAAGUUGUUGAAAUGUCUGCGUUCCUUGGAGCUGAAGGUGGAACGGCUGUAUUUGGCUGCCAACAACAUCACCCAGAGGUCUACCGCAGUCCUCAAAGAUUUUCUUCACAACGCUGAUGGACUACGCACCUUGGAUAUUUCCUCCAAUUCCCUGGAUGAUAGCAGCAGCUUUUCCUUGCUCUCAUCUUUGGAGACUUCGUCACAGUUGGUCACCUUUUUCCUGGCCGACAAUUUGAUCCGCAACCCACCUGCCCUGAUCGAACGCCUGCGACGCCUGAACCGCUGGAAGGUUCUUCUGGACGAAACACUGGAGGACUCCAACGCGAAGACCAAGAAGCCAGCGAUGAGAAUUCAUUUGCCAUUCCUGUGUUUUCAACGACCGGUGAAGUCGGAUUUGCCCAUCACAGCCCCUCGAAGUCAGUCGCCUGCUUCGGCCCUGGAGGCACCAGCGAAUCUAUCCAUAGCCGCAAGUGUGGCUGCCGUGAUGGCGCAAUAUGAAGCUGCGCUAUUGGGAGCUGAUGAUGGCGACACGGCACAAGCGGCACCAUGGAAAUCGCAACGAAAAAGUCAUCGUUUGUGUCGGCUUUAUCUGGUCGACUUGGUGCGAAAACUCGGAAAACCACAGCACAAAGGGACGCGGACAUACUGCUACAACAUUUGUGUGCUCAAUCUGGGAGAUCCAAGCAUGACAGAUGACAGGCUGGCGCACAUGCUGGCGGUGGUGCCACCACGAUGUCUCGUCCUCUUGGAGGACGUGGACUUCGCGGUAUCUCAGCAAACACCGCAUGAUCCUUCUGGCCCUUACGCUGGUGUCACGCGCGUGACCUUCAGCGGCUUGCUGAACGCUCUGGAUGGCGUUAUUGCCACCGAGGAACGCGUGAUUUUCAUGACCACCAACCAUUACCAUGCUCUUCCCCGCGCUCUGGUGCGUCCAGGCCGCGUGGAUCUGUCGGUCUACAUUGGAUUAGCAUCCAGGUCACAGCUCAAGGCCAUGUACCUGCGCUUUUUUCCCGGCGAAGAGGACUUGUCCGAGACCUUUGCCACAGUCUGUGAGGAUGAGGGGCUCAGUAUGGCCGAGCUCCAAGGCUACUUCAUGUUUUUCAAGAACAAACCAGAGGAGGCCGCAGCAAACAUCACAGCGUGGUUGGAAGAGAGGCGCAAGGUGCAUGAGGAGCUGACUGCGAGAGGUAUGGUUCUUCUCUCCGCCUUCCUAGCGUGUCUCCUUCAUUUUGUCCAUGCUGACCAAGUCCCUGAUGGUAGUAGCCUGAUGCAGAUGGCCAAGCAGAGCCCCAGCACCAGCUCCGGGACUGGCAAUGCGACGUGGGACUUUAACCCCGAUGUGCAUUUCUCCAACGUCAGCCAGAAUGGCACUGUACCCGCCGGGUAUCAGAUGGACUGUGCACAUUGCCACAGUGUUUGCUGCAAUGCAGCAUUGUCAAAUUUGGCAACAGCAGCGGACUGCGGAUGCCUCGCUACUUGCGGCCCUUGCAACUUCUGCCAGAAGCCGUGGGUGGUGACACCACUGCACUUUGAGACUCCAGCUAUGGGCAAUUUCAAUGUAUCCAUCCAGGUGCCACCAUUGCCGGGAUUGAAGCAAUACACCAUUGAUGAAGUUCAAGUGACCAUCACAUCGAUGGGAAUCGACACAUCAUCGUGGAAGAUUGACUUGAUUGGCCCUGCCUCGGGCAAUGUUACUCUCAAAGAGUACACAGUGAAUGGAGGUGAUUUGGACUUUACUUUCAGUGAUACUCCUUGUGUUGGAUGCGUCUUGCCUUUUCGGGCGCUUUCAGCAUUCAAGGGAAAGUCAGCUCUAGGAAAUUGGACGCUGGCAAUCAAAGCUUCUAACAGCAGCCGUCAUGGAUUUGUUUCGUGGGUGAGCCUGUCUCUGAAAAUGAAUUGUGUGUAUUGGGACUUUCACCCUGACGUGCAUUUCUCCAAUGUCACCCAGCACACGACGUACGGCAACACACCAGCCAAUGUCACCUUCAACAACACUCCACUUGCCAGAUAUGAGAUGGACUGUGCACAUUGCCAGGAUGCUUGCUGCAAUUCACCAUUGUCAAAUUUGGCAACAGCAGCGGAGUGCGGAUGCCUCGCUACUUGCGGCCCUUGCAACUUCUGUCGAAAGCCGUGGGUGGUGACACCACAGCACUUUGAGAUUCCAGCUAUGGGCAAUUUCAAUGUAUCCAUCCAGGUGCCACCAUUGCCGGGAUUGCAGCAAUACAUCAUCAAUCAAGUUCAAGUGACCAUCACAUCGAUGGGAAUGGACACAUCAUCGUGGAAGAUUGACUUGAUUGGCCCUGGCUUGGGUGAUGUGAUUAUCAAACAAAUUACAGUGAAUGGAGGUGAUUUAGAUGGCACUUUCAGUGAUACUCCUUGUGUUGGAUGCGUCUUGCCUUUUCAGGCACUUUCAGCAUUCGAGGGAAAGUCAGCUCUAGGAAAUUGGACGCUGGCAAUCAAAGCUGCUGAAAGCAGCCGCAUUGGAUUUGUAUCGUGGGUGAGCCUGUCCCUGAGAAUGAAUUGUGUGAAUUGGGACUUUCACCCUGACGUGCAUUUCUCCAAUGUCACCCAGCACACGACGUACGGCAACACACCAGCCAAUGUCACCUUCAACAACACUCCACUUGCCAGAUAUGAGAUGGACUGUGCACAUUGCCAGGAUGCUUGCUGCAAUGCACCAAUGUCAAAGUUGGCAACAGCAGCGGACUGCGGAUGCCUCGCUACUUGCGGCCCUUGCAACUUCUGCCAGAAGCCGUGGGUGGUGACACCACUGCACUUUGAGACUCCAGCUAUGGGCAAUUUCAAUGUAUCCAUCCAGGUGCCACCAUUGCCGGGAUUGAAGCAAUACACCAUUGAUGAAGUUCAAGUGACCAUCACAUCGAUGGGAAUGGACACAUCAUCGUGGAAGAUUGACUUGAUUGGCCCUGGCUUGGGUGAUGUGAUUCUCAAGCAUAUUACGGUGAAUGGAGGUGAUUUAGAUGGCACUUUCAGUGAUACCCCUUGUGUUGGAUGCGUCUUGCCUUUUCAGGCACUUUCAGCAUUCAAGGGAAAGUCAGCUCUGGGAAAUUGGACGCUGGCAAUCAAAGCUACUGAUAGCAGCCGCCAUGGAUUUGUCUCAUGGGUGAGCCUAUCUCUGAGAAUGAAUUGUUGAUCAAUUCUUCAUUGUACUUUAUUUAAUGUCUUUGCUCACACGAUCUCAUCAAAGCUAUGAGUCAAAUUCAAGAAACUGCAACAACUGUCGGAAUCUAUAAAACGGACAAAAUGAAGGUGCA